UGCACUUCGGCUUGCCAUCUUGUCGCGUAAGGAGAGCGGCGGGCAGGAGUUAGCUGCCCGUUAGCUCACAGCCGCUGUAGUAAAGUGGUUAUCUGUCAGCUAGUUGCUAGUAGCUGCUGCCAAAAGUGAGCUGUCCCCACGGCGAGAGGCAAACUUCGCCGACUUUGGGACGUUUUCUUCCCACACUGCUGGAUUAUAUAUUAUUUUUUGACAAGCCGAGGAGUUGUUUACAUCAUGAUGUCGCACAUGCUGGUGCCGAGGUAGGGAAAAGUAGCUAACAUCAGAUAACUUGGCUAACUGCUUAGAAGUACAUAUAUAGCUGAGAGAGGAGAGUGGUCUGAGACACCGGGCCCGCCUCAGACUAAAGUACCGGUGGCAGCUGCUCAGCAAGAACUUUGACAAGGGCCUGUUUACAACUCCGCUGCCGGGACACAAGGAAGGCCGACCGUGUGUGUAUGUGUGUGAGGGACAGUGUGUGAGAGGGAGAAAGAGGCCGGGAGGAGGAGAAGAGCUUCGGCCCGUCUGCUGCGACCGGACACCGCGGAAACGUUGCGGGACUACUGUCGUGGUCUGGCCUCGGUUGUGACACGUUUUUUUUCCUCGGACAGGAGGGAGAAGAAAGAGGAACGGUAUGGAAAUGUACUGUGACGGUACAUGCCUGUGUCAAAUCCUUUAUCUGUGAACACUUAGCAAGAGCAGUAAGCGCAGCUCUUGGUUUCAUCUGGGAGCUGACAGAACUUGACGCAGUUAGUCAACAUGUCGAAAAUGCAGGCGAAGAAGAAAAGUUGUUUCCAGAUCACGAGUGUAACGCAGGCGCAGGUGGCGGCGAACACCAUCCCUGACGACGCCGAGAGCUUGGACGAUCCGGACGAAUCCCGGACGGAGGAUGUGUCGUCGGAAAUAUUUGACGGCUCUCGGGGUGAACUGGGGGUGUGUGACAGGAGUUCAUCCGAGGAAACCUUAAGCAAUGCCGGGGAGUCUCAGGAGGGCCAGCUGCCUAACACGGGGCCUGUCAACGGGGGGCUCUCUCAUAAUAUCAGUAUGGUCUCUGGGCGUGCUACCCCACAUAGUGUUGGAGGAAGUGUGGGCAUGUCAGCUACAGCUCAGCCCUUUGUUUCAGGCUCAGCCACCAGUGCGGUCCCUGGUUCCACUGUAUCUAGCACUGCUGCUCAGACAGCUCCCGUGAGCACCAACUUUACUUCCCGUUUCAGAGUUAUCAAACUUGACCAUGGUACUGGAGAGCCCUUCAGACGGGGCAGGUGGACAUGUACUGAGUACUAUGAGAGAGAUUCAGAUUCAAAUAUUAAUCGGAGUGACAGUAUAAAGUCCACUUUGACUCAUGACCACAGUUUAGACCGGGACAGUGGAUUAGGGGCCACUGGUAAUUCUGUCUUCACUAGCAGUUGUCAGACUUUGGACACCACCACGGAGAGCGGCUACUCUGCCUCUGUUGGGAACCCCGCCCACCCACACCCUUCAGAGUCUUGGCAGCAAGGCUACAGCUUGGCUUCUCAGAUAGGAAGCGGAGCAAGUGCCUUCCAACCUGCGGGGUACACAACUUCAUCAUCACAGCAACCAUAUCAGGCUCAGGUUAAUAUGUUGCCUGUAGCUGCUCAGACCUUCCCCUCUAACAGCUUCAAUGGUGUGCACCAAUCUACAAUGCAGCAGAAUACUUCCAUGCCUGCUGCCCCACAGGCCCAGCAGUUUCCUUACUCAACUCAUCAGCCCCACUUUGGCUCGAGCGCUCAGAACCUUCCUGUGACUUCCAUUGCUGUAGGACCCCCAACUAGACAAGUGUCCCCACCUGUAAUGACCCCUACUGGUCCUGGAUCAGUGGUGCCAGGUGGAGAAGCAGCUUCAGCCCAGGGCCUUACGCUGCAAGCUGGUGGCGCACCAUCUAUGGUAGCCCCCUGUCAGGCCGCUGGUCAGACUCAGCCUUCAGGAGGGUUAGGCAUUGCUCCUGCACCUUCCACCACCACUACCUCUCACAGCGGUGGCCAUAAUGUGCCUUCCACAGUGCCCAGUAUAACCAACACUUCUCUGGGUGUGCCAAGUCCCGGACACCCAGGAGGACAUAUCCAGCUCCAGGGAGCUCACGGAGGAGCCACAGUAGGCCUUCCCCCCGUCUUCAGUAACCAGCCAGAUGAUAGCGGACCGAAUACUGAUGCCCUACCUCAGCACACUGCCGGUGUGGUGCCAGAAAAAGAUGGUGUGAAUCCUCUCAGCGAGGGCCCCAACCCACCCUCUCCUGCUGUCAGCAGCCUCUUUGGCAUCCAUAUUACCAUGGAUAUGGACGGGGACAGUGCCUCGGGAGCCAGCGUCGUUGCCAUCGAUAACAAGAUUGAGCAGGCAAUGGAUCUGGUUAAGAGUCACCUGAUGUAUGCUGUUCGUGAGGAGGUGGAGGUGCUGAAGGAGCACAUCAAGGAGCUGUACGAGAGAAACUCUAUGCUGGAGCGCGAGAACGCCGUGCUGAAGUCACUGGCCAACUCGGAGCAGCUCAGCCAUCUGACCAAUCAGCUCACCCAUGGCAGCAGAUCGCCGCCGCUGCAGCAGCAACACCCGCUCGUCACAAACAGCACCCCCUCUCUGGUUCACCACGAGGGAAGCCAGAGCGUCCCUCAUCAGCCCGACAUCACCUCAGCGUGAUUCCCUCUUUAUAAACUGUCAGAAACACACGUCCCACGGACAGGAGUCUGUUAGCAAAGGCAACAACUAACUACUACCGUCCCCUUAACCCCAAACAGCAAAUGGACUCUGCUCUGGGUUCAAAGUGCUCCACUUGAGGACAAAUCAACAAAGCAACAUCUGUGUUUGUCACUAAGAGCCGCGUUUCAGAGUGUGCUGAUGUCAUCAGGCCUUCACGUUGUUUAAGACAUUUACCAUCCUGUGCAAAGUCUUAUUCGGGCCUUGUGUUUGGCUGCAACAGAGCUGAAAAAGGAGAAGAUGGGGGGGCAAAUGGGUGGGGGGUGAGGGGGAGCAGGGCAGCCAGUGUGCAUUUAAAAAAAAUAAAUAAACAAAAACCAGCAACUGCAUGUUGAUGUUGUGUAAGGGGGUCAGAGGGCACAGAGAGCUGGAUUUGUGGGGCAACAAAUGGGGGGAAGACGGCAGCGUGUACCUGUGAGGGACCAGAGGGGUGACGUGGAUCCUUGGAAACAUCCAGCAGGGGCUGACCUCCCAGUGUCUGCACCCAACGUCAUUGCAGGGCUGGAAGAGGCCAAGAGUGCAGAGAGGGUGAUGGAGAGGUGGUUUGGAGGAUACGUCCUUCCUGAGCGCAAGAGGACGCAGCCGGCAGGCGGCUCAGCUCGAGCGGAUCGAGCCGACAGCCUCGGCUUGUUAUAUGCUGCAUCGAAAAAUCUUGUGUUGUUCUCAGAGCCACCAUACGUUUGACAUGAAUCAUAAUAAAUUUUCAUUAGUUCAGUUUUAGUAUUUGCGUUUAUUUAUUUCAGGGCUGCUAUUUUCAUAAUGUAAAUGAACAAUGUCAUGGAGAUGCUUAUUAAAAAACAAAAAAGAAACCUUUUUUUUCUUUUUGGUAUUUUAGAAUCUGUCGGGUAUUAAAUUUGAUAGGUUCUUGCAACUCGUAGUUCUCAACAGGUAGGCAAUAAGUUUCCAAAAAAAACUUUUUUGGCCUCUUCAUGAAAUAGUGCUAACACUAAAGCUGCGCUUACAUUAGAUGAAAUCCAGGUUGAAUGUAUAUUUUGUAAAGUGUAAAGUAUUAAGAGCAUGGGCAGUUUGUACGGGAGAACACCUGUUGUUUAAGAUAAAUAAUAUGUGAUGGGAUGUUUUGAUAAAGAAAACUGUUGAUUAACUUUUUCUAGACUUUCUUUGUCAAAACGAAAAUGAAUUUGCUGGGUUUGGCUUUGGGGGGGAUGAAAAGCUGUGAAAAUUGUUUGACCUACUUUAUAACCAAAGACACAAAGCUGUGUAAGUCUUUCUUUUCCUUUUUUAUUUUAAACCGCGCACUUAUAUAUAUUUUUUUCUACUCUCUCCUUCCUUGUGCUUCUUUGUCGCCAUUUUGCAUAUUCUGCGUGAUCUGUUAUCGGACCACUUCGGUACCUCAUGGUUUUUAUCCAGAACUCUUGUUUUUCUGUUGAAUGAAAAUCUGAAGGUUUCUGAGAGAGAAAAUGGAUAGGAGGUUGGAGUAAGUAGCUGAUGGUGUGAGUUAGAAGAAGAAGAAUGGAAGGAAAAGUCUUGUGCAUGAGGCGAGAAAAGGAGCAGUCUUUGUUUUCAUCUAAAUGCUGUUAAAUUUCAUAUGCAUAGAGAAGGGUUUGUUACAUUGCAGAUUUUGAUGAAUGCACCAUUUAAUUGUAAUGAAUAACAGUUUGCUUACAGUGGAAAAAACAAAAACUAAACAGCAAUACACAAAACAAUCCAAACUAUUAAACAUUUCUCACUUUCAAGCUGGAACUCAGUCAGCUGCGUAUGAGCAUAUUAUGGGAUGUCCUGUCUGCAAUUGCAUCUUUUGUGCCUCCUCUGCCGACGCUUGCUGUCAGCAGGCCAUCGGCAUCUCUCUCUGUGGCUUAGAACCAAAUUGCUUGGUAAUUGUACAAUCAGUCAUCUUUCUUUUCUUUUUUCUUUUUUGGCAAAUGGGCUUCUCUUUUUUUCUGUUCUUUCAUUUGAAGGAGAUACCGUGUACAUGCCAAAUGUACUGUAUGAAAGUGAUCACUGAGCCUUGGAGAAAAUAUCUUAACGAUGCCCUUGUAAUGUGCUGUUCAGACAAUUCUAGUUUUCAGUCAAUGACAACAACAAAAAAAAGAUAAUAAAUUACUGUUUUAUUAUGA